ACGAGGUAACACGUCAGUUGUACGCAGGUCUAUCAAUGCCGGACUCGCGACAAUUCGGAGCUACACGGAAAGAGCCGAAGCAAAGCAGAGUGAAAUGUGCCGCCGGUAGGAGUGGGUGGACUCUCAACCGUCUUUCGGCGAAUUGCGCGUCGCUCUUGCGAAAAGCGGGCCGUGAUCAUCGCGAGACGGCUGACGGCGGUGCUCGACUGCUCGGAAGUCGGAAAUUUCAACAGUGGACACGCGUCUUUUCGCCGAACGACACGCACCGAGAGAACGGCGCGGCGGAGUGUGCAGGAGAGGGAGAGAUAAAGAAUCGCACAAUAUAGAUAGACCCGUCGAGUGAUCGCCGGUUUCAAUCGCUCGCUCACCGGUGAACUGUUUGCUCCCUCUGAUUCAUCUCACGGGAUCCACGGAGAGUGAAAUCAUCGCAAAGUCUGCGACUUUGGCGUAUUCUCGUCUCUGUAUAUGUCGACGGAGAAGAAAACGCAGAACAACAAGAUGCGAAUCAGGCAACUCUUGGGCGUGUUUCACCGCCUGUUCGAGCUAAUCGCAAGAGGAGUAUUCUUGUUUGUCGCUUACGUGAAAGGACCGGCGAAAAUCCAACCGCCGAUUAAAGACUUGACUCUAUUGCACAGCGCAUCAACUUUGGCGUUGAAAAUACGAACCAGACAAUUAACUUCAGAAGAUAUGGUAUCUUCAUAUAUAGAAAGAAUAAAGGAGAUCCAGCCGAUACUCAACUGCAUAGUUGCAGACCGUUUCGAAGAAGCUCUCAAAGACGCGAGAAAGUGCGACGAACUAUUGAAAUCUCAAGACGCUCCGUCCGUAGAAUUCUUAGAGAAAGAGAAACCAUUGUUUGGCGUGCCUUUCACGACCAAGGACUGCAUCGCCGUUGCGAGCAUGUGUCAAACGGCUGGUCUCGUCGCACGCAAGAACGUCGCCGUCGAUAGAGAUGCAAAAGCGAUAGAGUUAAUGAGGUCAGCUGGAGCUAUACCUCUGGCACUGACAAAUGUUUCAGAAUUGGCGAUGUGGUGGGAGAGCAGCAACUGCCUGUUCGGCACUACUAAGAAUCCCUACAACACCAGAUGUAUUGUGGGUGGUUCCUCGGGUGGUGAAGGUUGUAUACAAGCAGCAGCUGGAUCGCCUCUUGGAAUUGGCUCGGAUAUCGGCGGUUCCAUCCGUAUGCCAGCGUUCUUCAACGGCAUAUUUGGCCACAAGCCAUCUAAGGGAGUGGUCUCCAAUGAUGGUCAAUAUCCUAGUGCACACAGUGAUGACCAAGACCAAUUACUCGCCAUUGGACCAAUGUGUAGAUUCGCGCAUGACAUGACGUUGACUUUGAAAGUUCUUGUAGAUAAGAAAAACGACUUGCUAAAUCUGGAUCAAAAAGUGGACGUUUCACGAAUCAAGAUCUAUUAUAUGGAGGACGACGGCGGUCAGCGGCUAGUCUCACCCGUGGACCCUGAAAUAAAAACCACCAUGAGACAAGUGUUGAACUAUUUUGAGAAAGCGCACAAUAUUAAAGCCACGAAAAUAAAUGUUAAAAAGUUCAGAAAGGGCUUGGCUUUGUGGCUGGCGAACAUGACGUGCAAGGACGACAAAGACUUUUCGUACGAGUUAACCAAUAGGCGAGGUCACAUUAACAUCUGGUUGGAAUUUGUCAAAUGGACGUUCUUUAUGAGCGAUCACACUUUAGUCGCUCUUUUCACUGCAAUGUUCGAGAAAUGUGGCAUGAAAUACGGAAGUGAGAAACACGUUAAGCUCAUGCAAGAGAGCAAGGACCUGUUUCAGGAGUUCAAAGAUAUUCUGGGAGAAGAUGGCGUGUUCUUAUACCCGACUCAUCCAACCGCAGCUCCGAUGCAUCACGAACCGUUGAUCAAGCCGUUUAACUUCUCCUAUACUGCGAUCAUUAAUGUAUUGGGCCUACCAGCUACGGCUUGUCCGUUAGGAUUGAACAAGCAAGGGCUUCCCAUUGGAAUCCAGGUCGUAGGAGGACUUUACCAAGAUCGUCUGACUCUCGCCAUUGCGGAAGAAUUGGAACGAGGUUUCGGUGGUUGGGUACCACCAGCAAUAGUAGCUUAA